GGGAUGUUAGAAGCAAGCUGGGCUGCCGCCGAGCAGAAGCCCGGGCUUCCAGCUGCGAGCUCCGCUCUCCCGCCAUGGCCCCCGCUCCGCCCCCCGCCGCCUCCUUCUCACCCGCCGAGGUCCAGCGGCGCCUGGCGGCCGGCGACUGCUGGGUCCGCUGCGGGGCCCGCCUCUACGACCUCACUGGCUUCGUGCGGCACCACCCGGGGGGCGAGCAGCUGCUGCGGGCGCGGGCUGGAGAGGAUGUUAGCGCCGACCUGGACGGGCCGCCGCACCGGCACUCGGCCAACGCGCGCCGCUGGCUCGAGCAGUACUACGUGGGCGAGCUGCAAGGAGACCCUCAGGGCUCCGUGGAGAAUGGGACUGUGGCCUCUGUGAACACUCAGAAGACAGACCCUUUGAUGGAGCCAAAGUUCAAAGUGGUGGACUGGGACAAGGAUUUGGUAGACUGGCGGAAGCCCCUGCUGUGGCAGGUAGGCCACUUGGGAGAGAAGUAUGACGAGUGGGUCCACCAGCCAGUGUCCAGGCCCAUCCGCCUCUUCCAUUCCGACCUCAUCGAGGCCCUCUCCAAGACUGCCUGGUACUCUGUCCCCCUCAUCUGGACACCCCUGGUGCUGUACCUCAGCUGGUCCUACUACCGAACCUUUGCCCAGGGCAACGUUCGACUCUUUGCUUCCUUCUCCACAGAGUACUCGGUGGCCAUGCCUAAGUCCGUGUUCCCGGGCCUCUUCGUGCUGGGGCUGCUCCUCUGGAGCCUCGCGGAGUACCUCAUCCACCGCUUCCUGUUCCACAUGAAGCCCCCCGGGGACAGCUAUUACCUUAUCCUGCUGCAUUUCAUCCUGCACGGCCAGCACCACAAGGCACCCUUCGAUGAGUCCCGCCUGGUCUUUCCCCCGGUGCCGGCUUCUCUGGCGAUUGCCUUCUUCUACGCGUUGCUACAGCUCCUCCUGCCGGAGGCGGUGGGGGGCACUGUGUUCGCUGGGGGCCUCCUGGGCUACAUCCUCUACGACAUGACACAUUACUACCUGCACUUCGGCUCGCCGCACAAGGGCUCCUACCUGUACAACAUGAAGGCUCACCACGUCAAGCAUCACUUUGCACAUCAGCAGUCAGGAUUUGGCAUCAGCACUAAAUUGUGGGAUCAUUUCUUCCACACCCUUAUGCCGGAAGAGCCCCACCUGAAGAUGCAGUGACAACUCCCAGCCCCACCGUCCUGCCCUCAGCCCAGCCGUGGCCCCUGCCUCACCCCCACCCCCCAUCCAGACCCUGCAAAGAAGGUUUGCUUGGCCAGGCGGGACAGGCUUUGUCGGGCCUUUGGGCUUGGUGGGGGCAUGCUGGAGAGACCCGGAAGACUGCGACAGACCCUGAGACUGCCCUCCUGACCCCCCACUGGAGGGUCAUGUCCACGAGGCACCCAGGUGGCUCUCAGGGUCUAGCUCUUUUCUAGAGCGUCCUGGCCUCUCCAUUAGCUUCCCUGCCCAGAGCCUUAGCCCACAGGAUGGCUUCAGGACCUGGCCAAUGGGGAAUUUCCCAAGGGGAAUGAAGGAAACUGACCCCUGGGGCCAGGCCUGUGACCCACCUGUGUCUCAGCACCUUGGGCCACCUGGGAGAACCCCCCCCCCCACCCCCCAGUGGUGGAGCUGCCGGUGUUAACAGCAAAGUGAGUCUACGGGCCUGGGGUCCUCGUCUUCCUCUUCCUCCCUUCCCGGGGAGGGUUUGGUGGCUCUGGCUGUUCUCCUGAUGAGAGGAGAACACUGAGGUGGAUGAAGGGCUCUCACAAAGAGAGAGACAACAUGAUGCCUCCCAUGGGCCACCUCCAGACCCGGGGCAGUGCCUUUGUCCCCUGCCCCCAAUCACAAAUGCCAGCUGCACCGCCGGAUGCCUCAGGCUGCCACACGUGCCCCACCCACACGCCCGGCCCUUACCGGCCUGUGCAGAGGGGCGGGGGGCCUCUGGCAUGGCCUCCUAGCUGGCGGGACCCCGGGCCCCUUUCUUGAGGAACCGCCAGCUUCUCUAGCCACCUCCCCACCUGCCUUCAGAAUCACACAGCUUUUCCCCGGGGGAGGCGACCGGGGCCUCUCGGUGGGCAGGAGCCCCACCCCGUCUCUGGCCAUUCUUGACCUCCGCCUGGCACUGGUGGGCCUCUGCCGCCCCACUCAGGACCCUUCCAGCCAGCACCUCCUCACGCCGAGAAGGAGCCUUCAUGCGGUGCCUUACCCCCUCCCCAGCUGCUUCCCUGCACCUCCCUCAGCAGAUGAGGUUCCCACCCCUGUCUCAUAACCAAAACCCUCACUGCUCAUGAGAGGGUCUUAUUUAUCAACUAUAUAAAUGCCCUUAGUCUGGCCCCCGACCGAGUAGCUGCUCAGAUCGCCAUAUCUAAUCCCACACGUCAGGCUUAUGUAAGACAUUUUGUCCCGUUUUUGUUCUCUUCUCACCCAGAAACCGUUACUACUUGAAACAUUUUAGAAUCUCUAAGAGUGUAAAGGCUACAGAGAAGCAGCUUGACGGAUCCUGUGAUUUGUACUGUUUACUGUGGAGUUAUUUAAAGAUUUUGGAAUAAAUAUACAAACUACAGUUGUGACAUAAAGGUGUAAAUAAAUUGUAUAUUUUGAAAAAUAAAAACCUUGAAAAAGAAAUCAA